UUUUUUUCAAAAUCUAAAUAUCCGAACCCGAUCCGAAAUAACCGAAUCCGAACUAAAAAUACCCGAACCCGACCCGAAGUACAGAAAUACCCGAACGGGUUCUAGACCUCUAUACCGAAAUACCCGAAAAUCCGAAAUACCCGAUCCGAACCCGAACGGGUACCCGAACGCCCACCCCUACUCCCUACUAACAAAAACUAAUAAUUCAAUGCCUAACAUUUGCGUUUUUUUUUCCUGUUACUUUUAUAAAUGUUAAAUUCAAAAGAACUGCUACAUAUACAUAUACAAAAACUGCUAUAAGGUCAGCGCAGAAAAAAUGAUACGUAAUAGAUGUUGGAAGCGAUCAUCACGAUUCACGAAUAUAAUAGAUCGUUUGAAUUUUUUUUUUUUUUUUUUUUGAAAAUAGAUCGUUUGAAUUUUGAACUGAGGCUAUCGAUGUUUUGUUUGCUCAUCGUGUAUUCGUGUGAACAUGUUUACAGUUUUGGUGUUAUGCUAUAUUAAUUUUUCAGCGUGGUAAAAUAGACAAUUCUCACAUAUAUAUGUAUCAUACAUAAUACAUGUCUUUAAAAAAUGGAAAUAUGAUCUAAGGUUUUUUUUUUGAAAAAAAUUAUAUUAAGAAAACCAUAGUGGUUUAUAUAUCUCUUUUUUUCCUUGCAGCAUCCUUCUGGUCAAUCAAACGGGUAGAAUGUUUUUUGGAUUUAGCUAAUUUUUGUUGGUGGAAAAAGGAUGGUUUUGAAAUAAAUUAAAAAAUCGUGGUUAAUUUUGUAUUCUGCUUUCUAGAUGGGCCACAAGACCGAAAUAAGUUUUAGGCCCGUCAUAUUUUAUAGAAAGGAUCCACAAUCACAACUAGCAAGUUCCGGACAGUCUUUAGGUUGUUACUUGUCCCACAAGAGAGUGCAAUGCAUUAAGCCAUAUGAGUUUCCAAUUACUAAAUAUAGCAACUUGGAAGAUUUUCUAAAUAAUGUAAGAACGUGGAUUCCACAUACGAUAAGUAUUUUUCAACUCUGAGAGCUAAGGACAAUAAAAUACCUCCUUCUAACUACAUGUUGUCCAAAGUCAAUAGCUUUUCAAAGUGCAAAAGAUUAUUUGAACACUUCUUAGUCGUUGCAUGAUUUUGAGUUGUUCUUGUUUUUGUGAAAAUUUAAUAUUCAACCACAAACAAAAAUAGAAAAGAUAGUGGAGUCCGUGCAAUGUCCUCCUCCUUCUAUGUUUUUCAAAUCUAAAUUAAGAAAGAGAGGAAUACUGCAAAUGGGUUUAACUAAAUCCCACUUGACACUUCUCCAUGGAAGUUUUCAAUGUCUCUGGAUGAUCUAUAAAAGGCUUACGAGUCUCUCAUUCAUCUUCAUCUCCAAGCUAGCUAGUUCUUACCUUUCUUCUGUAAUACUCAACAAAACAAACGAGCUAAGAAAGAGGAGGAGAGAUAGAGUAAUGGCGAUCAAGAACCUUCUUGUCCUUGCGGUUCUUCUGAGCGUUAUUGGAGUUUCAGUUGCUAACCCUAAGGGUCUUGACCUUAACUACUACAAACACCGGUGUCCUGAUGCAGAAGCCAUUGUACGUCGUACCACAGUUCAGUAUGUUUCUCGCCAGACGAGCCUUGCUGCCGCACUUCUAAGGAUGCAUUUUCAUGAUUGUUUCGUCAGAGGAUGUGAUGGUUCCAUUCUUCUGAAAUCUCCAACCAAGGAUGCAGAAAGAGAUGCUAUCCCUAACUUGUCUGUUAGAGGCUACGAAGUGGUCGAUGCUGCCAAGGCAGCCCUAGAGAAGAAGUGUCCCGGUGUGGUUUCUUGUGCUGAUGUUCUUGCCUUAGUCGCCAGAGACGCAGUCUUAGUGAUCAACGGACCAUGGUGGCCGGUUCCAUUGGGCAGGAGGGAUGGACGCAUCUCAAGAAAAUCUGAGGUUAAUUUACCAUCCCCAUUCGCCGGAAUAGCUGCAUUGAAAAAGAACUUCUUCGACAAGGGUCUUAACACUAAAGACCUAGUCGUUCUCUCAGGAGCUCACACCAUUGGGAUAUCAAACUGCGGUCUCAUUAACAGCCGUAUCUACAACUUCACCGGGAAAGGCGAUUUUGAUCCUUCAAUGAACCCUAGCUACGUUAGGGCAUUGAAGAAAAGGUGCAAGCCAACUGAUUUCAGGACCUCAUUGGAGAUGGACCCAGGCAGUGUCAAGAAGUUUGACUCUCACUACUUUAACAUUGUGGCUCAGAAGAAGGGUUUGUUUACAUCUGACUCAACACUUCUUGAUGACGCUGAGACCAAAACGUACAUUGACACGCAAGUUUCUACUGCUGGAUCCUCAUUCAACAAAGAUUUCUCCGAGUCAAUGGUUAAACUCGGGUUCGUUGAAAUCCUCACCGGGAACAAGGGAGAGAUCAGGAGGAAAUGUGCCUUCGUGAACUGAGUUUCAUCAACAUAAUAUAAGAGCUCUCUCUCUCUUUUGAUGAUUGAUUCAAAAUUUUCUCAAUAAUUAUUUGUAUCGUAUGUUUUUUCCUUCCUUCAAGUCUGUUUUCAGGACAAGAGUAUUUCAUUUUUCUUUGUAUGAUGUUUUGGAAUCUCAAGUUUCUUUGAAUAUUCUUUUUUUUUUUUUUUUUGGUCAAAAAGUUUCUUUGAAUAUUCAUAUUCUCUUAUAAGUUGCUUAAUCAUUUCGCUACAAACAACCAGAAAUCUUUCCUUCUCGUUGAUAUUAUCAUAUCAAAUCUUCUUCUUUUUUGUAACAGAUAUCAAAUAUUUAAAGCCAAAUAUACAUUUUCCCUCCAUUAGGUUGGUACUAAUUAAAUAGGCGUCAUGAGGAAAGCCAUUUUGCCGUCUUAAUCUUUCCUUAUGAGUUCUCAUGGUUCCAAAACUUUCUGGUGUGAAGGGUGUGUGAAAUGUCACUUGAGUUAAGUCCUUAUCCCUUAUAUAUUAAAGGAGAAGCAUUGUAAUAAAUGCAUUCACACUAUAAUAGACACGUGGCAGCCUCACAAUGAUUUGAUAAUAAGUAUGCUAACGCGUUCACACUAUAUUCAUAAAUGUGUUCACACUAUGUAUUUUGUGUUUUUUUUAAUAUAAAACUCACAUACAUGGUUCUAAUA